GGUAAAAUUUCAGCCUUCCCUUUGGCCUUGGGACUCUGUGAGGAACAAUUUGAGAAGUGCCUUGACAGAGAUGUGUGUUCUCUAUGAUGUUCUCAGUAUUGUCAGGGAUAAAAAGUUCAUGACUCUUGAUCCUGUCUCUCAGGAUGCACUUCCUCCAAAACAGAAUCCUCAGACGUUGCAGUUGAUAUCUAAAAAGAAGUCACUGGCUGGAGCAGCACAGAUCCUACUGAAGGGGGCAGAAAGACUGACUAAAUCAGUUACCGAAAACCAAGAAAACAAGCUACAAAGAGAUUUCAAUUCUGAGCUUUUGCGAUUAAGGCAACACUGGAAACUUAGAAAAGUUGGAGAUAAAAUUCUUGGAGAUCUGAGCUACAGAAGUGCAGGAUCUCUCUUUCCCCAUCAUGGUACAUUUGAAGUAAUAAAGAAUACAGAUAUUGAUCUGGAUAAAAAGAUACCUGAAGAUUACUGUUCCCUUGAUGUGCAAAUUCCUAGUGAUUUGGAGGGAUCUGCAUAUAUCAAGGUUUCAAUUCAAAAACAGGCCCCAGAUAUAGGUGAUCUGGGCACAGUUAACCUCUUCAAACGGCCUUUCCCCAAAUCCAAACCAGGUUCCCCACAUUGGCAGACAAAAUUAGAAGCAGCUCAGAAUGUUCUUUUGUGUAAAGAAAUUUUUGCACAGCUCUCUCGGGAAGCCGUUCAAAUUAAAUCACAGAUCCCUCACAUUGUGGUGAAAAACCAGAUUAUCUCUCAGCCCUUUCCAAGCUUGCAGUUAUCUAUUUCUUUAUGCCAUUCCUCAAAUGAUAAGAAAUCCCAAAAAUUUGCUACUGAGAAGCAAAGUCCGGAGGACCACCUUUAUGUCCUGGAGCAUAAUUUGCAUCUACUGAUUAGAGAGUUUCAUAAACAGACCUUGAGUUCCAUCAUGAUGCCUCAUCCAGCAAGUGCACCUUUUGGCCACAAGAGAAUGAGACUUUCGGGUCCCCAAGCUUUUGAUAAAAAUGAAAUCAAUUCAUUACAGUCCAGUGAAGGGCUUCUGGAAAAAAUAAUUAAACAAGCAAAGCAUAUUUUUCUGAGGAGUAGAACUGCUGCGACCAUUGACAGCUUAGCGAGCCGAAUUGAGGACCCUCAAAUACAGGCUCACUGGUCAAACAUCAAUGAUGUCUAUGAGUCUAGUGUGAAGGUUUUAAUCACCUCCCAAGGCUAUGAGCAGAUAUGCAAGUCCAUUCAGCUGCAGUUGAAUAUUGGGGUUGAGCAGAUCCGAGUGGUACACAGAGAUGGAAGAGUAAUUACGCUGUCUCAUCAGGAACAGGAGCUACAGGAUUUUCUUCUGUCUCAGAUGUCGCAGCACCAGGUGCAUGCAGUUCAGCAGCUCGCCAAGGUCAUGGGCUGGCAGGUCCUGAGCUUCAGUAAUCAUGUGGGACUUGGGCCCGUAGAGAGCAUUGGCAAUGCCUCCGCCAUCACCGUGGCCUCCCCAAAUGGAGACUAUGCUAUCUCAGUCCGUAAUGGACCGGAAAGUGGCAGCAAGAUUAUGGUUCAGUUUCCACGUAAUCAGUGUAAAGACCUUCCGAAAAGUGAUGUUUUGCAAGACAGCAAAUGGAGUCAUCUCCGUGGACCAUUCCGAGAAGUCCAGUGGAAUAAAAUGGAAGGCCGAAACUUCGUGUAUAAGAUGGAGCUGCUUAUGUCUGCACUUAGUCCUUGUCUACUGUAAUUUUUUGCAGAACAGUUUCCAGAUUUUUUUUUAGAGAAGUUUAAAAAGCUUUUACUUGACGUGUUUGCAGAUCAACUAUAAGCACAAAGAAGAGAUAGCCUCCAAAGGAGCAUUGUUUUAGAAAAUAACCAUUAGUAAAUAUUGACUUCGCAUUUUGAAACUUUCACUUUAUCAGUGACAAGAGCUUUAAAAUGCAUAGUUGAUGUACAAUUGUGGGGUUUACAACAUAGGGAGAUGUAAAAUAAUAUCUUUUUAUGCAGUUAACUUGAAAAUGUCACUAAAGGGCUUGAAUGCUUUUUAAAAUAUUCCUUCUGUAAUGUUGACAUCAAAUAAAGUGUGGUUUAAAAUCUCCCAA